AUGUCAUGGUUUGCAGACCUCGCUGGCAGGGCUGAGACCCUUUUAAACAAUUUAGACGAACAAACUGGGGCAGUUUUACGAAAUGGCCAUGGUGGUAUCAAACCGAGACCUGACAACUCCUCACCGCCAGAUAUUGUACAGAAAAAGAAGUUUAUAUCGAAGAAUAAACGAAGCUUACUAGAUAAUAGAUCUAGUUUUACCCCAGUACCGAAAAAUUCACCAACUAAUCAACCUCGGUCAACCCCUAAAAGUUUAGACCAUGCAAAAAUACAAGACCACCGUAAGAAGUCAGCAGGAAAGAAGUCUCCACAAUAUACAUUACACAAUAAUGGACCCAAUACAAUGGAGGAUGAUUAUAAAAGUUAUGGAUUGAGGCAGAGAAGGUUCAGUUUACCAACAGAUUUGGAGUUUGUCAAUCAUGAAAAUAUUACAUUUGAUAUGCAGAAUUUAGAAGUUGAAAAUGCAAUGCUGAAGAAUGAAAUUAAUGUUGUCAAUAGAGAAGUUUCAGAUUUACUUAAUAAAUUAAGAACAACUGAGAAUGAAUUAAAACAGGUUCAAACACGGGCUGAAGCACAGUCUAAAUUAAACCAGAGAUUAAUUUUGGACAAAGAAGGUCUUUUGGUACAAUUGGAUGACUUGAGAUCAAAGAUUGAGGAAGUGAGCGUUGUUGAAUUGUCACAGUUUAGAUCUGAUAAACAGGCAUUGGACAGUGAAAAUCGGAGGUUACAAGAGAGAAACUGUGACUUACAAAAUGAUAUAAGAAACUUGAGAGAUGAACUUCAUGAUAGACAAUCCCAACAAAACAAAUUAGAAAAUGAGUUAAGGCACACACAAACACAGAUUUAUGAUUUAGAACAUGACUUAGAAAAGAGGAAAUUAGAGUGUGUUCGUCUUGAAAAUGAGUGGGAGGCUUAUAAACUGCGGGUUAAAAGUAUGUUGUUCUCUAAAGAUAAUGAAAUCAAGGCUUUGAGAGAUGGAAGUAAUCUUUCAGAGGAUACAAAGCAGCUGAUUGAGCAGAUUGACAGAUUGAAAGAAGAACGGGACGAUUUAUCCCAAGGAUUGUCAAAAGUUAAAACUGAAUUCAGUGAAAUGAAACACCAUAUGGCGCAGUUGGAAGCACGCAACAGUAAUGCAGAGAGAGUUAUAGCUGGACUCCGAGAUGCUUUGAAGGAAGAGAGAGCCGCUAGAAAUAAGGCUGAAGCACAUGCUAAUAGUUUGAGCAAGGAACUUCAAACAGCAAAAUUACAAUCAGGCCAAACUAUAGCAAAUCUAAGAGCAUCACUACACAAUAAAGAGGAAGAAUUAUUGCUUCUUAAAGAAAAUUCAGCUCCUACUACAGACACAAGCGCCUUAAACGUAGGAGACUAUGACGUCAUGCAUUCCAUAGAAAAUGAGAAGAUACAGUAUUUAACACAGACAGUGGUUCAGAAACAGGGGAGAAUUGAUUCUCUCUUGGCUGAUAAUAACAUGCUAAAAAUACAGUUGGAUAAAUUAGAAACCAAAUACAAGACUGAGAUGUCACUACGCGCUCGUUCGCACGUUGUCAACGUCAACGACGAGAGGCGGAACACGUCACCACUCGCUAAACUAUCCUUGAGGAUGGGACUCAUGCUCAAACGAUUUCCCCUAAUAAGGAUAUUUAUUGUGUUUUAUAUGAUUGGCCUACAUUUUUGGGUGAUGACAGUGUUAUUGACAAGUACGCCAGAGAAUUAUAUCGUUAGACCUAAAUCGUGA